GGAAGAAUUUGUUCUCUGAAACCCAUUACGCUAACCCAGUGAACCUUCUCAUCCAGCCUCUUCCUGCUCAUAUAUUGUUUGAUAUUAUUCAAAACAAAUAAAAAAACAAAACAAAAUAAAACAAAACAGAAACACAGCACUUGAUAAUGGCAAGAAAUGAUGACUAUCUUCCUCUUUUCGAAACAAAAACAGCAAAGGGGCUAAUCCCAUUUCGAUUGUUUGCAGCUUCAAUGUUCACGAGCAUCUGCUUCAUCAUGGUUUACAGGGUGAACCAAAUCCAAAAGCCUGCAAAAGAGGAAGAAGAAGCUCUUCUAGGAAGAAAGUGGACUUGGAUUGGAAUGUUUAUUGCAGAGCUUUGGUUCAGUCUCUGUUGGAUUCUCAAUGUUGUGGUUAGAUGGAAACCCGUGUAUCGUGUCACAUUCAAAGACAGACUCUCCAAAAGAUAUAAUGAGAAGGAUUUUCCGGGCAUAGACAUAUUCGUGUGCACAGCUGACCCCAUAAUAGAGCCACCGAUCAUGGUUCUAAACUCGGUGUUAUCAGUCAUGGCUUAUGACUACCCACCAGAGAAGCUUAGCGUUUAUCUAUCGGAUGAUGGUGGCUCGGACUUGACCUUCUAUGCUCUGUUAGAGGCCUCUCAGUUUGCAAAGGAGUGGCUUCCAUUUUGCAGGAAGUUCAAAGUGGAACCCAGAUCACCAGAGGCAUUUUUCCAUAGAGCUCCUAAACAAGUUGAAGAUUCUGCCAUGGUCAAGGAGUGGACCUCCAUUAAGAAGUUGUAUCAAGAUAUGAAAACAAGAAUACAAACCACUACAAAGCUAGGCCGAAUUUCAGAAGAAAUACGCAAACAACACAAAGGAUUUCAUGAGUGGGACUCUGUUUCAGGCCAACAUGACCACGACACCAUUCUUCAAAUUCUUAUUGACUCAAAGGCUGUGGAUAAUGAAGGAAAGCGUUUGCCUAUUCUGGUAUACUUGGCCCGUGAGAAAAGGCCAACAUACCACCACAAUUUUAAAGCAGGUGCCAUGAAUGCGCUGAUAAGGGUUUCAGCACGGAUAAGUAAUGCUCCAGUAAUUCUUAACGUGGACUGCGACAUGUACUCGAACAAUUCAGAAUCAGUGAGAGAUGCUCUAUGCUUCUUCUUGGAUGAAGAGAAGGGGCAUGAGAUUGCGUUUGUGCAGUUUCCACAGUUGUUUGAUAACCUCACUAAGAAUGAUAUUUACAACCAUUUCAUGCGUAUCAUAAGCGAGGUUGAGUUUGCUGGACUAGAUAGUUAUGGAGGGGUUUACUAUGUUGGCACUGGUUGCCUUCACAGAAGGGAGUCUCUUUGUGGUAAGAAACACAGCAAGACAUUGAAGCAAAACUUGAUCAAUACCAGGUACAGAAAGGAGGAGGAAAGUGCAAGUGUGCUAGAAGAAAUAUGCAGAGAACUUGCAAGUUGUACCUAUGAAGAUAACACUCAGUGGGGAAUGGAGAUGGGUUUAAAGUAUGGAUGUCCAGUGGAAGAUAUUAUAUCAGGAAUAGACAUACUAUGCAGAGGAUGGAAAUCCAUUUACUAUAAUCCAGAGAGGAAGGGCUUCUUAGGUCUUGCUCCCUCAACACUGCUGCAAUCACUUGUACAGCAUAAGAGAUGGAUUGCAGGAGAUUUCCAAAUCCUUCUCUCAAAAUACUCUCCAUUGUUGUAUGGACACGGAAAGAUUCCCCUACCACUUCAAAUCUCUUACACUCAAUACAUGCUUUGGGCUCCAACCAGCUUGGUUUGGCUCUACUAUUAUGUUGUUCCAUCGCUUUGCUUGCUCAAAGGAGUUGCCUUAUUUCCCGAGACUUUAAACCCAUGGGUGAUACCAUUUUUAUAUGUCUUCUUUGGAAACCGUGCAUACACUCUUGGAGAAUGUCUUUGCUAUGGAGGGACAUUACGAGAAUGGUUGAAUGAGCAAAGGAUGUGGGUAUUUAGAAGAUCGACUUCACACUUAUUUGCAUUUUUCGACAACAUCCUGAAGCUAUUGGGUAUCACAGACUCGACCUUCAUCAUCACUGCAAAGGUUGAUGAUGAUCAUGAAGAUGUGUCUAUAAAAUAUGAGCAAGAGCUAAUGGAGUUUGGUGCCACUUCCCCAAUGUCUACCAUUUUGGCAUCACUUGCCUUGCUCAAUGCCAUUAUUUUUGCUGUGGGAUUGAAGAGGUUGAUUGAGGAAUAUGACAAAACAUUGGUCACAAAUCCAUUUGUUUUGCAGAUUAUUCUAUGUGGACUGUUGGUUUUCAUAAACCUGCCAGUUUACAUAGCUAUGUUCUUAAGAAUGGAUAAGGGCAGAAUACCCACCUCAAUAACAUGUCAAUCAUUCAUAUUGGCUCUUGCUGCUUGUUCAAUAAUCCAGAUGUAUUGAGAAUCUUUAUU